CCCCGGGCUGAGAACAGUCUCUCCCGGACUCCCUUCUCAUGGCUUCCCAGAGACCCCAAAGCGGCUGCGCGCCCCGCCCCGAUUGCCAUGGAGACCGCUUGUACACAGUUUCCCCCUUCCCCUCCACCUUGUCCUAGGUCAGGCCGGACCAGCGCCCGCCUAGGAGGGAGCCCGCCGGGGCGGGCGGCCGCGGGCCCAUGAACAGCGGGACCCGAGGGAAGCUGGCCGUGGGGAGAGUGAAAUUCUUCGGCCGGCACCGCGGGGAGGUCAACUCUUCUGCUUUCUCUCCCGAUGGCCAGAGGCUGCUCACGGCCUCCGAGGACGGCUGUGUAUAUGGCUGGGAGACUCAGAGUGGGAGGCUGCUGUGGAGACUGGGUGGCCACAAAGGCCCCGUGAGGUUCUGCCGAUUCUCCCCUGAUGGCCGCCUCUUUGCCAGCACCUCCUGUGACCGCACCAUCCGCCUGUGGGACGCCGCAGAUGCCAAGUGUCUGCAGGUCCUAAAGGGUCACCAGCGGAGUGUGGAGACCGUCAGCUUCAGCCAUGACUCAAAGCAGCUGGCCUCGGGUGGCUGGGACAAGAGGGUGAUGCUUUGGGAGGUGCAGUCAGGCCAGGUGCUGCGUCACUUCGUGGGACACCGAGACUCUGUCCAGAGCAGUGACUUCGCACCCAGCUCAGACUGCCUGGCCACUGGCUCCUGGGAUUCUACCAUCCGCAUGUGGGACCUCCGGGCAGGGACCCCUGGGAUCUUCCAUCAGAAGCUGGAGGGUCAGAGAGGCAACAUCAGCUGCCUGUGCUACUCACCAUCUGGCCUACUGGCAUCUGGCUCCUGGGACAAGACCAUUCACAUCUGGAAGCCCUCAAUGCGAAGCGUGCUCAUCCAGCUCAAGGGCCACAUCACCUGGGUGAAGAGCAUAGCUUUCUCCCCUGAUGAGCAGCAGCUGGCCAGCGCUGGCUACUCCCACAUGGUCAAAGUCUGGGACUGCAAUACAGGAAAGUGCACUGAGACUCUGAAGGUAAGGUCCAUGGCCAAAGCAAACAAGGGUGCAGUGGAAGGUCCGCUGGGGAGGCCUGCAACCCCAGGGCCCAAUACUAUGCUUUCGGCAGGGAGUUCUGAACGUGGCCCAUGCCUGUGCCUUUAUGCCAGACGGGAAACUCUUAGUGUCUGGAGCUGUUGAUUAGACAAAAUGCCAAGCCCACCACAGAUCUCCACCGCCUCUCCAUGCCCAGGAGGCACAGGCCCAAAAUAACCUUAAUAGAGCACCCAACAGAUCCCUACGGCCAGGGCAGCAAGUGUGCUGGAGUCCAUCGGGCGCCUGGUAACCACAGCCACCUCCCCAACAACUGAAGCCCCUAUAAACACAAAGCAACGCCA